CUGAUCUAAGAGGUGCCCUUCACCCAUCACCAUAGGCAUCUACUGCCCUCCAGAACCUCAGCCCUGGCAAGCACUGAAGGCUCAAGGUGGAAAGCCCCCUCCCGACUCUACACCAUAGAGGUCCCCCUACCACACCUUGCUCUUGCCCUCUAGUCCACUGGGGACUGUUGUAAAACCUGAAAGGCCCCAGGUACUGCCCCCACUUAGAGCCUUUGCCUCACUCAUCAGUAGCCCAGGACAAAGCCCGUAUCUCUCAGUCAAGCCCCCUUCCCCACCAGAUGCCACUGAGGGCUGACAGAGGAGUUGCUCCCCGAUUCCAAUGGCAAGUUCUCAGAGCACUCAAUUCCUGUUACACCUUUAGCUGUGAAACCCCUCCAAUAACCAGGCAAACCUGAGGUGCUAACAUGAAGCUGGGCUGUGAGUAGGGGGAUUCACUCCCAAGUUUUCUGGGCUGACAGGGGUUACAUGUGGGGACAUGACACAUGUAUCCAACAAAUCUUUGCUGGGCUCCUACUGAGUGCCAAGCCCAGGUGCUGGUAGCAGCAUCCUGCCCUCAGAAUGGCUGAGCUCCACUGGAGCUUUGCAACUGCCCAACCUCUGAGGAGGGUCUACUCUAGGCUGGAAAUCUCUGGGCCCCUGAUUAUGCUUUUCUCCCAAAGCAUUUUAUUAGGAGUAUUUUAAAACGUAAAACUUGAAGAAUUGUACACUAACACCUAUUAUCCACCCCAGACUUUACAAUUAGUAUUUUGUUAGAUCUGCUUUAUCACAUAUCUAUUCAUCCCUCUACUCAACCAUUAACUCGUUUUUUUUAACUGAUGUGUUCUUGAAGUAAUUAAAACCCGCACACCCCUAGGAGGCCAGCCAACUUACCCAUUGCGACUUUGCACACAGGACCUCUUCUCUCCCUUGAUUCAAGCUCGACAGCACAGAGGCAGUAGACACCAGGGGCUUGCCUACAUGAUCCCCAAGGCGUGGAGGUUAGAGAUUCGAUGACUGUCACCCUUCUACUAGCAUCCUCUGUACAAGGUUGGGCAGUCACUGAGGGGGCAUACGUUGCCCUCCUGUGCACCAGUCCCCUCCCAGGCAUAAUGUCAUUAGAGUGCAGUCAUCAGAGCCAGACAGAUGAAGGUCUGGGUCCAACCACACCAUGUGCUGUUGGGAGAGGCACCAUCUGUGUGAGCAAACUGUGACUCCUAAAAUGAGGAAUCAUUAAAAUAAUACCUAUUAGGAUUCACAACCUGCUAGAACUGUCCUGGCCACAUCACCCUGGCCCUCCACAGUAGAACUGGCACAGUUGGACAUUCCCUCCACCAGUCAGGAACACCCCUGGGUACUGAGCAGGCUUCUCUAAGUCUGGUGGCCUUGAAAGGCCUGGGAGACUUCCCUGAUCCAGGCCACCAGGUGGUCACCAUAGACCUAAUUUAACCAUAAGUCCUUAGGACCCAGUGCUCAGCACUUGGGAUGUAAAGUGGUUCAGGUAGUCAAUCAGAGGCCAGGUUUUAGGGGGUGGAGGAGCUGAGAAGCUCACAGCUGGGCUCUUUCUGAUAGUCCAGGCUUGUAUUGAGGACCUUGGCCUAGAGAGACCCUGUUCUAGAAUAGAGCGUGGGACAGGGCUGUGCCCAUACAGCUGGCCUGGCCUCAUGCCUGGGACUUUAGCCCAAGGACAAGGAGACCCAUAAAGCCAGGCCCAGUUCUCAGCCUCAUGCCUGCCACAAUGAUGCUGCUCAGCCUGACCCUUACCCUGAUCCUGCUCGGCUCCUCCUGGGGCUGCGGCAUUCCUGCCAUCAAACCCGCACUGAGCUUCAACCAGAGAAUUGUCAACGGGGAGAAUGCAGUGCCAGGCUCCUGGCCCUGGCAGGUGUCCCUGCAGGACAAGAGCGGCUUCCACUUCUGCGGUGGUUCCCUCAUCAGCCCAUCCUGGGUGGUAACUGCUGCGCACUGCAAUGUCGUCCCUGGCCGUCACUUUGUCAUCCUGGGCGAGUAUGACCGAUCAUCCAGCUCUGAGCCUUUGCAAGUUAUGUCCAUCUCACGGGCCAUCACACAUCCAUACUGGAACCCCACCACCUUCAACAAUGACUUGACACUACUGAAGCUUGCCUCUCCAGCCAAGUACACAACACGCAUCUCACCAGUUUGCCUGGCUUCCCCAAAUGAAGUGUUGCCUACAGGCCUCACGUGUGUCACCACUGGCUGGGGCCGCCUCAGUGGCACAAGCAAUGUGACCCCAGCACGCCUGCAGCAGGUGGCCCUGCCCCUGGUCACUGUGAGACAGUGCCAGCAGUAUUGGGGCUCACGUAUCACCGACUCCAUGAUCUGUGCAGGUGGCUCAGGGGCCUCCUCGUGUCAGGGUGACUCCGGAGGCCCUCUUGUCUGCCAGAAGGGGAACACGUGGGUGCUUACAGGCAUUGUCUCCUGGGGCACCAGCAACUGCAAUGUGCGUGCACCUGCCAUGUACACUCGGGUGAGCAAGUUCAGCACCUGGAUCAACCAGGUCAUAGCCCAAAGCUGAGCCUACCCACAAGCCACUCCCCUCUUAAUCCAAUAAAGACCCCGGACUCUGUCCUCUUGUGUCAUCUUGUCUGUCCUCCUGGCUCAGGGGGUGUCUAUCCCUACAUGGACUUUGUCUUCUGGCAUGGCAGGUGUUCAGGAGUCAGGAUCUC